AUGUUGUUUCUGUGUUUUAUAUGGAUCGUAGUAUUACUUAUAUCAAUAAAAAUCUUUAAUAAACUAUCCACGGGACGAUGUUACGCUGAAACUGUGAUGAGUGGCAAAGUGGUUGUUGUGACCGGCGCGAGUGGCGGUAUUGGGUUCGAAACCGCCCUCGAGUUAGCGAGGAGGGGGGCAAAAGUGAUCAUUGCAUGUAGAAACAUCCAAAAAGGCGAAAAGGCUGUGCGAAAAAUUAUAAGCAAGACGAGAAACAAACGAGUACGAUUCAUACAUCUGGACCUCACAUCUUUAGCGUCUAUUAGGAAAUUUGUUGAGAAAUUGAAAGAAUCAGAGGUUAAGUUGGACGUCCUCAUAAAUAAUGCUGGAGCGAUAUGCACUAGCAGAGAUAGAACUAAGGAUGGCAUCCUUAAAGACUUGCAAAUUAAUUAUUUUGCACCAUUCCUACUGACUAUUCUGUUACUACCCAUGCUGAGACACGCAGCACCAAGUAGGAUUAUCGUUGUAUCAUCAUCAUGGCACAGAUUCGGCACAACCGAAGACAUAAACAGUGGAAAACAUAAUUACAUACAAUCGUAUGCUAACAGCAAAUUGUGCAACAUAUUAUUUAGCAAAGAGCUGGCUAGAAAGCUCGAAGGAACUGGUAUCGAUGUCAACAGCUUGAAUCCGGGUCAAGUGAACACGGCAUUGUAUAGGAGUUCUAAUAUUUUGGAGAAAAUCAGGAGUCUGAUGCUAUACGCGUUCUUCAAAUCGCCAGCAGACGGUGCACAGACGUCUGUAUACUUGGCGGUAUCGCAUGAAUGUGACCAAGUCAGUGGCAAAUACUUUGAGGACUGUAGGGAAGCCAAGCCGUCUUAUAAGGCUGAAGAUAAGAUGGCAGCCGCCAAGUUAUGGUCCAUAUCUCAAGAUCUCGUCAAGUUGACACAGGAGGAAACGAAUCAAUGUUUUGGUGAUACGCAAUCA